AUGGGUUUUUCCAAGUACUGUGCUCUUUCCCUAUUGAUUAGCGAUUACAGAAUUGCUGGCUGGUGCGUUAGAGUUAUCAAGCAGCGACGCAAGACUCCGAAGCCCUUCGGUUCUACCCUGAAGCUUAGAAACGAGCUACUCAAGACCAAAAUCGAUGAGGGCUCCGAAUUGAUGCAGAUCUCCAAACGCAACGCGAUUGAAUCGCCGCUUCUCCAUCUUCCAGGCGAAAUACGCAACAAGAUCUGGGAGUAUGUGCUGAGCAACCAUUUGAUCUCGAUACACGGGAAUUCCAGGGGGUCAUUAAGAGAAUACGUACAUUCCACAGAUAACGACAAAGUGACCCGGGUUUCUUUGGGGAAGCGUCUUCUCAGCGCAUGUCGCCAGAUACAUGAAGAAACUUCAACCAUGUUCUAUGCAAUCAACACAAUCAGCUUCAAUUCCAAGUUCACUCUUGAUCUCUUCCUCAGUCACAGCACACCCCAGAAACUGGGCCUUAUCACUUCAAUGGGAGUGCCCUACGAUUACUACAAGUUCUAUAACGAGGGAUAUUGCAAAAAGUUUCAUGAAAUAUUUCCAAAUGUCAAGCAUCUUUCCAUCGAUGACUAUGUGGCUGGGCACCGACAGUAUAUCAGACGCCUCCUGUGGACGCCCAAAGACUCGAUUGAGAAGGAAAAAAAGUAG